CAAUUAAAAAUUCAGCCAUCCAUUACCUGAGCCCGUGUCUGAUAAAUGGAUUGUUGUCACUUCUAUAAGGUACCCCUCAGAAGACGUGAAGGUCCCAUCUCUGGAUGGUUGGAAUCUCGUCGUUGUGGCUGAUGUAAAGACACCGAAGGACUGGCAUCUGGAUGCACCUGGAGUUCACUUCCUUAGUCAGGUGCGAUUCUGUUUAGGGUUCCGAAUAACAACGCUAUUACCGGAAAACUCGUACACGAGGAAAAAUGUCGGCUAUUUAUACGCAAUUCAAAUGGGCGCCAAGUGGAUCUAUGACACAGAUGAUGACAAUAAACCAUUUGGUAAGGAUUCUUCAUGCAAACUUUUCAAUCCAUAUCGAUUUUUUGGUCAUCCUGUAAUGUGGCCAAGAGGAUUUCCAUUGGAGCAUCUGAAAGGCCACUCUAAUGGUAAGGGUCGACUGCGUUUAUGCCGUUCUAUACGUACGCCAGCUGUACAGCAAGGACUUGUGCACAAAGAUCCGGAUGUGGAUGCCAUUUAUAGGCUGUUGUAUGCUGACAAGAAGACGGGACUAAACGAAAGUUUCAGUAAACUCGCUUCACCCAUAGUUCUCAGCUCAGGGACAUACUCUCCGUGGAAUUCGCAGAAUACACUUUUUCACAGAAGUGCCUUCUUCACAUUGUUUCUUCCGAUAUCGGUAGCGUUCCGGGUCACAGAUAUAUGGCGAUCGUAUUUUUCCCAAAAACUACUACACCUGAUUGGUGAAAGAAUAGCAUUCUAUCCACCUAACGCAAUCCAAAAUCGGAACGCUCACGAUUAUCUGUCGGACUUCAAACAGGAGAAGCAACUAUACGAAUCUUCUGGAAGACUAGUCGAGUAUUUGGAUUCAUGGCGCUGUUUCUCAUCGAACAUUGCCGAGUGUGCUAUAAAACUCGCCGAAAACGACCUCCGAGCGAUAGGGUAG